AUGGAGUCUCACUGUGGUUUGAGUGGCUUAUUAGAGGCUACUUCAGAUACAUUAGAUACUCUCAAAGCCGUAUAUGAAACUGGAGAAGAACUGUUCCUAGGAACAUGCGACAGCAGAAGUGUUGGUGGAGUUGGCGUCCUCCUCAACACGAGUAUGGCAAAGAACAUCGACUCUUUCAAACAACUUACGACCCGAACGUCUGCGGAUGAGAAGAUGUGGUCCAACACCAGCUUCGACUAUCUUCGUCGCUUACGCUCCAACAUCAAGCUACGAAGAAGAAGUCGAAGCUUUCUAUAUGGACCUGGAGUUCUACCGAGAAGAUCAUGCCUUCUAAAAGGUCAUAAUUCGCGACUUCAACACCAAAGUUGGCCCAACUAG